AUGUCGUCACCUCCAAAUCCCAAGCGUUUCAAAACAACCGUCCCUGUCAGCGCACCGUCUCACCUAAUCCCACAACAGCAAAUUCACCCUUUUCCCGGCGUCUUGAGUCCUUUUGACGGAGUUCCCCUUUCCCAGGCUCCGAUGCAGUCCGGUUCGAAUCCGCGCAAGCGCCGCUCAUCGCCUCAUCUAGGAUCUACGGCAUCCAUGGCGACUCCGGUUUCUACGGGUCUCGCGCAGGACCCUAAUGUCGCCAGUAUUGUAGAGACAGGACCAGCGCCCAAGAAGAAGGGGAGGACUAACACGCCCUGGACGGCAGAGGAGGAACAGAGACUGAAGUCGAUGCGUGAUGCUGGUCGCAGCUGGAGUGAGAUCGCCAAGACGUUCCCGGCUCGAACUGAAGGUAGCGUUAAGAAACAUUGGUACAAGGACAUGCACUAUGCCGAAUUCGCGGAGGACGAGUCUGUCGCACUCCGCGAUGCGAUCAAAGAAUACGAAGCAAACAAAUGGAAGGCCAUUGGGCAGAAAGUCGGGAAGCCUGCAAAGGCAUGCGAGCAAUAUGCAAAGGAACAUUUCAAGAGUGUGUAA